AUGGUUUCAGAAACGAAACCGCUCCUCUCAGAGGGCAACCCAUCUGCCCAAUUCACCCGCGCCCUGCAACACCCCUCCUCCCCCGCGACGACGCUCCCGCAGGCGAUCGCGCACCGCGGCUACAAAGCCCUCUACCCCGAGAACACGCUCCUCGCCUUCCGCGCGGCGCUCGACGCCGGCGCGCACGCCCUCGAGACGGAUCUGCACCUGACCAAGGACGGCGUCGUGGUGCUCUCGCACGACGGCACGCUGAAGCGGUGUUUCGGCGUCGAUAAGAAGAUCAACGAGUGCGAGUGGGAGUAUGUGAGCUCGCUCGAGACGAUACGCGAGCCGAGGCAGAGGAUGCCGCGGUUGAGCGAUUUGUUGGAGUUUUUGGCUGAGGGGGGGAAGGAGAGGGAGAGCGUUUGGGUUUUGCUUGAUAUCAAGACUGAUGACCCUGCGCCGGAGCUGUUGAGUCGCGUUGCGCAGGUCCUGGCAUCGACACCGGGCCCUGUGCCGUGGAACAAGAGGAUCAUAUUCGGGUGCUGGAACCAACCGUACAUCAACCACUGCACCACCUACGUCCCCACCUACCCCGUCGCCCUCAUCUCCUGGUCCCCGAUCUUCGCCCGCAAGUUCCUCCCACAAGAGUUCCUCUCCUUCAACAUGUUUCAAAAGUCCCUCGUCGGGCCCAUGGGCAAGGCCUUCAUGCGUGUGCUCAAGGCGCACGACCGCCGGCUGUUUGUGUGGACCGUGAAUGAAGAGGAGUGGAUGGAAUGGAGCAUCGCGCAGGGCGUGGACGGCGUCAUCACGGACGAGCCCGAAGCGUUCCUUGAGGUAUGCAGAAGGUGGGAGGGUGAAGAGGGGUCAGCGGCGGCGACGAAGGAGGGAAGCUCGCGGUUGGAGCAGAUGAGAAGGGAGAGAAAGGAUCAGGGCUUGAAGAGGAUGUUGAAGCUGUAUGCUGAGAUUGCCUUCAUUCAGGUUUUGGUCGCGAUCUUCACGCCCGUGUUGAUGAUUGUGGCGAGGUUUGGGGUUGUGGGACCGGGGCCGAAGGCGGCGAAGGCUUUGCGGUUGUGA